GCUGAAAAGCCUUUAAGUGGGAUUCACCAGCAAGGGCCCUUCGCUUCAAUUCUGCCCGCUUUUUUGUUUGUUUCCAACCUCAUUUCUUUGUUCUAGCUCCUCCCACUUCACGCACUUUGUUCCCUGAUUCCAGCCUGACCGUCAAUCAGUCUUGCGUUCCUGCUGAAGCCCCUUGCAGCAUACGAGCAACGUGCGGUCCAGAGCUCCGCGGCUGCAUGCGGUAAGUUUGAUGUACGGGUCAAUGCAAGCUUGGGCUUUCUGCUGCCAGGGUGACACUACGCCCUGUCACCCGCAAGCAAGGCUCCUGCUCCUAUAUGGCAAGCUUCGGCCGUCAUGUAUGCUCUCAUCCCUUGUUCGAGGCCAGUAUUUCGUGUUCCACUUGGGCACGCCUUGCUCUGUCAAGCCCCUCCUCGUUGCCCGAGGCCAGUCUCCGACGAACACUUGAUCGGUGUAACGACUACAACCAUGCUCUACAGACGGCCUCGCCGUAUUCUGCGGCUAUUAUAGCACACGCCACCAGCUUUUCGUAUCACGCGGGCAUCUUGUGCUACACAACCAACACGGGUCUGAGGGUGUUGGACUUCAAUAACUGCGGUCGAGGCCGGGCCACGGAGAAGGUUCUCAGCAACGAUGUAUUUGUCGAGCAUCUCGUUCAAGGGUAUGCUGAUGAUAUCGUGACGCUGGUUGGUGACUUUGGUACUCACGGCAAUCACUUGUUUGCUGUGAAUGUUUCGCAGAAGUUCAAUCAACCAUUGACGACUUGGCGUUCUCGCAUGGUGCUUUGCGUUGAGCUUAGGUCGACGAACAGGCUUUUCGUCCGGCAUAACAGCCGAUAUCUGGUCGUUGGCACACACUCUGCUACCGGCGAUGAUGACCACCAUGAAUGGCUUUUGGAGCGGUACGAUCUUGCAUCGGGUAAACCCGUGACGAAGGAGCCAUUACAGCUUCGUAAUCUCUUUGGAUCAGAUAUCGGAUCUACAAUUUGUUUCGGGCUCUAUGGGGGCAGGUUCUACGCUGUAACGAAUCAAACCAGCAUAGAGACCGAGGAAGUCGACUGGACGAGCUACUACGAAGUCAUUGACAUUGAUGUGAGCGACCCUCAUCCGGAUUGCACGAUCUGGGGGAUUUGGCGGAGACAACAUCUCGAGGGACCGAUCAAUGACGCUUGGACGGAUCUUGGAUUUCAGAUAGAUCAUCGGACAGGUGAGUUGUUGAUUGUUGAAUGUCGGAAGGAAUGGGUCGAUGGCGGAAGUCGGAGUAUCAGGACUUAUUAUACGCAAAGCUUUCAGCGGGCAAAGAAGGUAGAUUUGAGGUUGGCUCGGCGCCAUCCACCUGGUGAUCAGAUGGCGAGGACACUAGACGAGAAGAGCAACAGUCGCUAUGAAGAGCCGAAUACGCGGGUCGGGAGGUAUGUGCAUGCUGAGUUCCCUUUGGAGCAGAAUGAGAGCAGCGGUGGUGGUGAAGGAAACGUGAAAGAGUACAUCCGUGCCAAAACAAAAUGGAAUGGAUACCAUUUCAAUGCGCAGUGUUUCGUGGAUUUGGUUACCGAGGAAGUUAGAGUUGAUGGGGAGUGGAGGCCGAAAGAACGGAUCAAGUUGCGUGUCGUGAGUAGGGAUGGGCUGAGUCCUCUCGUCCCAGAUGUGGAGGGCGUGUGUCCGGAGUCAAUUCGUGCUGUGGAGGGUGCCUGGCCAAACAGGAUGCUCGUGCGGCCUCGCGUCAAGGACCGUGACAGGGAGGAGAUGGAAGAUGGCGAGGAAGCGUACUCCAAGAGUCGUGUGUACUUGUGGCCUCCAGAUGAUUUGGGGUCGCAGGAUUUGUUGGACGUUUUGUGUCCCGGUGGGCGGGCCGGGGAUGUCAAGGCUUGCCUUGGGGACGAAGGGAUCGUGUAUAUGGCUGGUCCGGUUACGGGCGGUGAGCGUGCACUUGUGUUCGUCAGUUUUGAUCCGAUGUUUGGGUUCGAUGGGAUGAGGAGGGUCGAUGGGAGUCCCGUAUGCGCAAGGGGCGUCGACGUGAAGCCUCCUGCUCUGGCGACAAGGGUCGGCAUGAAUCGUCUCCCAUCGGUCAACGUUGUUGGUAUGGUGCGAGGAACAAAAAGGGCGAAUGAGGAUGGGAGAAGUGAUGGUCAGGAGAUGGCGGACCGGACGAAACGAGUCAAGGUCAAGACUGAUUGUGAUCAUGCUGGAUUUGAUACAGCGAUGAUUGUGGGCGGAGGUCAAGGUGUAUCAACGACGGCGCUGCCAUCGCCACCGUUGACCAUGACCUCGUCCUCUCCAUCUUCGGUCGCGCGAGACGAACACUUCCCGUCGGUGUCGCCAUCACAGCUAGGCAGAUCUAGCGAUCCAGGAGGGAGCCCAAACCCGAUUAUGAAUGGGAGACGGUUGACUCAAUGGCGGGAGAAGGCUAUGUACCUGAGUAUCAGAAAGGGAUUUUGGCUGCGGUGACGGACACAUUGAUCAUUGAAAGAAUGAGAGGGAAAACACAUAAGUUACAUGAGUCUGUAGGGGUCUGGAUCUUAUUACGCUAUAGACUACCUCUAACCGCACCGAACCUUGCAGUCGUCCCAUGAGCACAAGAACGAAC